GGAGUUUGACAGAAACAGACCGCGACGUCGCGGAGGCAGAGUGUAUGGCCGAGGCUGUGAAGCCCCGCCGGGCCAAGGCCAAGGUCAGCCGCACCAAAGGCAAGGAAAAGAAGAAGCAUGAAGCCCUUCAGACUUGUGAUGCAGUUCCCCUUCCAGAGACUUGUGGAGAACAGGAAAUCCUGUUUCCAGCUUCUGAACUCAAAGGAGAUGACCUGAAGUUGUCUGCUGACCCCCAGAUCCACAGCGAUGUGAGUGGAUGGAAUGAAAGUGAGAUGUUUGAUAUACCACUCACCUCGUUGACUAUAGGGGAUGAAGGACCCCUAAUACAGGACACAGAGGACGUAAAAGAAAGGGGAGAGGUCACAGCCGGUGAUGGAGAUGAUGAAAUGGAGUUGAAGGUGGACCCUGGAGACAAUGUUACAGCUAAAGGUGAACCUUGCAAGAACUUCACAGAAGUAGAGGACCGCACACUCAUCCAGUGUGGGCCUCCAGAAAGCACACUGCAGCCUGACUUUCCCUGCUCUCAACAGGUGGUGGAGGGCUCACAUGCCAGAGAAUAUCCGACUAGGAAGCAAGAUGAAGCCGCCCUUGGCUCUUCAAAGGUGUUUCAGAAUGUUAGCUUGCACAGUUCUUAUGAAGCCAAAGAAGUUUUUCAGCCACCAAGAGUGAAGAAACUAUAUCCUGAGUUGCCAGCUGAAAUUGCUGAAGUACCAGCUCUGGUGGUCGUGAAGCCAUUGCUCCGCAGCGAGCGACUCUACCCAGAACUCCCAUCUCAAGCAGAACUGGCACCCUUCACUAAAGAGCAGCUCAAACUCUUGGAGCCUGGCUCAUGGCUGGAAAAUGUCGAGUCAUAUGUAGAAGAAUUUGAUAACAUUGCUCAUCAGGACAGACAUGAGUUUUAUGAGUUGCUUUUGAAUUACUCACGAUGCAGGAAGCAGUUGCUGUUGGCUGAAGCUGAGCUGCUCACUCUGAUGUCUGAUUGUCACAGUGCCAAAAAUCGACUGUGGCACUUUAAGGAUGAACAAAUGGCCGUACAGGGCAUCUGUGCAGAUCAAGUAAAAGUUUAUGGUCAUCACCACUACCAGAGAGUAGAGAUGAAUGAACAUGUCCUGGGUGAACUGAAGAAGCUAUUUGAUGCCAAAUCUGAGCACCUGCACCAGACCCUGACCCUCCAUUCGUACACUUCUGUGCUCUCGAGGUUGCAAGUGGAGUCCUACAUCUUCACACUGCUCAAUAGCUCAGCUGUUCUGAGAUCUUUAGCAGUUUAUCAGGCAGAGCAAGUUCCUAAAGUGACAGAAAGCAUCCCCUCCGAUGUGUGUCAGCUGAAGGAGUGCAUUAGUGUCUUGUUCAUGUUCACCAGGAGAGUGAGUGAGGAUGCCCAGUUCCAUGAGGACAUCCUUCUCUGGCUGCAGAAAUUGGUGUCCGUGUUACAAAGAGUCGGCUGUCCUGGAGAUCACUUCUUUCUCCUAAACCACAUUCUCCGCUGCCCAGCUGGCAUUAGUAAGUGGGCUGUUCCUUUUAUACAGAUCAAAGUGUUGAAUAACCCUUCAGGGGUCUUUCAUUUUAUGCAGUCCCUUGCCCUGCUGAUGUCUCCUGUCAAAAAUCGAGCGGAGUUUAUGUGCCACAUGAAGCCCAGUGAGUGGAAGCCGUCAUCUUCAGGGCCAGCAUCUGGGAACUGGACACUUGUAGAUGAAGCGGGGGAAGAGAAUCGUGAUUAUUUACCGGAAACAACAAGGCCCCAAGAGAUGAUGAAAAUUUUUGCCUUUGCCAACUCAUUAGUGGAGCUUCUGGCUGUGGGACUAGACACCUUUAACAGAGCCCGCUACAGGCAGUUUGUGAAGCGCAUUGGAUACCUGAUCAGGAUGACCCUUGGCUACGUCAGUGACCACUGGGCUCAGUAUGUGAGCCACAGCGCAGGCGUGGGGCUAACACCGCAGCCCUACUCCAUGGAGAAACUGCAGAUUGAGUUUGAUGAGCUGUUUCUCAGAGCUGUCCUACAUGUCCUGAAAGCCAAAAGACUCGGCAUUUGGCUGUUCAUGUCUGAGAUGCCCUUCGGCACGCUCUCGGUCCAGAUGCUCUGGAAGCUCUUGUACCUUAUGCACCAGGUGGAGAGUGGGAACCUGCAGCAACUCUGUGCCUCCCUGCAGCCGGCCGAGUGCAAGAGGCAACUCCAAGACCCAGAACAUUUUUCGAGCUUUGAGAAGUGUCUUUCUUCCAUCAACAGCUCAGAGGAGAUCUGUCUCCUCACGGCCUUUGCUCAGAUGGCUCGAGCCAGAAGAACGAAUGUGGACGAAGACUUCAUAAAAAUCAUUGUUCUGGAGAUCUAUGAGGUAUCUUACGUUACGCUGUCUACCAGAGAGACUUUCUCAAAGGUUGGUCGAGAGCUUUUGGGAGCCAUUGCAGCUGUUCACCCCGAGAUUAUCUCUGUCCUUUUGGAUAGAGUGCAAGAGACCAUUGACCAAGUCGGAAUGGUUUCUUUAUACUUGUUUAAAGAACUGCCUUUGUAUCUUUGGCGACCUUCUGCCCCAGAGAUAGCUGUGAUUCGGGACUGGUUACUGAAUUAUAAUCUGACAGCAGUGAAGAACAAGUUGGCCUGUGUGAUCCUAGAAGGAUUGAAUUGGGGAUUUACUGAACAGGGUACCCUUCAUUUGGAUCAAGCAUUGCACACUGAAGUGGCCUUACUGGUUCUCGAGGCUUAUCAGAAAUACUUGGCACAGAAACCUUAUGCUGGGCUUAUUUCUGAAAGUAUGAAACAGGUUUCCUAUUUGGCCAGUAUUGUUCGAUAUGGAGAGACUCCCGAGACCUCAUUUAACCAGUGGGCCUGGAAUUUGAUCUUAAGGUUAAAAUUGCACAAAAAUGAUUUUGGAAGACAGAACUUUCCAGUCGUUCCCUUCUGCAGCACAGUACCUGACAUGACAGAAUCGUCCAUGUUUCACCCUCUCUUGAAGGCUGUGAAAUCAGGGUUGCCCAUUGGCUGCUAUCUCGCUUUAGCUGUGACAGCUGUUGGCCACAGCCUUGAGAAGUUCUGUGCAGAAGGCAUCCCACUGCUGGGUGUGCUGGUCCAGUCACGGCAUCUGAGAGCAGUGGUCCAUGCCCUAGAUAAGAUCCUGCCUGUGUUCUACCCUUACCAGUGCUACCUUCUGAAGAACGAGCAGUUUUUGUCGAACCUUCUCCUCUUCCUACAACUGGACAGCGGUGUUCCCCAGGGGGUCACACAGCAGGUUACUCACAGGGUGGCCCAGCAUCUGACAGGAGCUGUCCAUGGAGACAAUGUGAAGCUUCUCAACAGCAUGAUCCAGGCACACAUAUGUGUAAGCACUCAGCCGGAUGAAGUAGGUCCUGUGGCUGUGUUGGAGUUCUGGGUCCAGGCUCUCAUAAGCCAGCAUCUAUGGUACCGAGAACAGCCCAUUCUCUUCCUCAUGGACCACUUGUGUAAGACAGCGUUUCACCUGAUGCAGGAAGAUUGUGUGCAAAAAUUGCUCUACCAACAACACAAGAAUGCUUUGGGUUACCACUGUGACCGGAGUCUACUCUCUUCCUUGGUGAACUGGAUUGUGGCAGGGAACAUUACUCCUUCCUUCGUGGAGGGCUUGUCCACGUCCACACAGGUUUGGUUUGCAUGGACUGUGUUGAACAUGGAAUCCAUCUUUGAAGAGGACUCUCAGCUCCGAAGAGUUGUUGAAAGGGAAUUGGUUAUAAAUGCGUUUAGCCCUGACCAGGCUCUAAAGAAAGCCCAGGUCCAGCUGAAGCUGCCCAUCGUCCCAUCCCUGCAGAGGCUGUUGAUUUAUCGCUGGGCCCACCAGGCUCUGGUCACACCUUCUGAUCAUCCUCUUUUGCCACUCAUUUGGCAGAAGUUCUUCCUCCUGUAUCUUCAUCGCCCAGGACCACAAUAUGGGUUACCUGUGGAUGGCUGUAUUGGAAGAAGGUUUUUUCAAAGUCCCUCGCACGUUAAUUUGUUGAAAGACAUGAAGAGACGCCUGACGGAGGUGGCUGACUUCCACUAUGCUGCCAGCAAGGCCCUUCGUGUUCCAGCAGAGGGCAGUGAAGGGUCACCAGAGCGGCAGGCUGGCACCCCUGGCUUUCUGACUUCCCCAGAGCUGCACAGGGAACUAGUGAGGCUCUUCAAUGUAUAUGUACUAUGGCUAGAAGAUGAAAAUUUUCAGAAAGGAGAUACUUAUAUCCCUUCUUUACCAAAGCAUUACGAUGUUCACAGGCUAGCGAAAGUGAUGCAGAAUCAGCAGGACCUGUGGAUGGAGUAUGUGAAUAUGGAGCGCAUACAUCAUGAGUUCCAGGAGACAGUUGCUCUGUGGACACAGGCCAAGCUUGAGUCCCAUGCUGUGCCCUGCAGCUCUUCAGCACAGCUGGAUUUCACUGACCCCUUGCUGGCAAAAGCAAGGGUUCUAAGUAACUUAGAGAAGCACGAGGCUCCGCACCCUCCUCUUCUUCUGCAUCCCGUGAGGCCUCCUGUGCCACUCAUUCCCUCUGCUGUGCUGUUGACACAGAAGGACAGCACCCAGCUCAUGUGCACAGAUCUGAAUCUGCUGCAGCAGCAGGCCAGGAGUGCCACUCUGCGGGAGUCGCAGCAGGUUGCCUUGGAUGGCGAGCUGUUGGAGACCAUGCCCAAACAGUACAUUAACCGGGAAGAGCAGGCCACCCUGCAUCUGGAGUGCAGAGGCAGCAGUGGCAAGAAGUGCCAAGGAGCAGCAGUUGUAACGGUCCAGUUUGAAGGCGUGAACAAGAAUGAAGCAGUGAGCCAGCAGAUCCAGGUUCUGCAGAAAGAAGUGCGGCAGCUCCAAGCAGAAGCUGCUCAGCCCCCUGCUCUGAGUGUUGUGGAGGCUGCUGUGCAUGCAGAAAACCUGAUCACGGCCUUAGUGAACACUUACAAGUUACAGCCUACACCUGGAGUUCAGAAAAUUGGCAUUGGCCUUUUUUUCACUGUUGUGGACCAUGUCAGCGAUGAGACCCAACGCCAUCCUCCUACAAGGCAGUUCUUCACUUCAUGCAUCGAGAUCUUGGGACAGGUGUUUAUUAGCGGCACUACAUCAGAGUGCAGGAAGUUGCUUCAGACCAUCCUGAAGAACAGGCGACUCUGCUCUCUGCUGUCUCCUUUCUUCACGCCCAAUGCAGCGCCCGCCGAGUUCAUCCAGCUGUAUGAGAGAGUGGUGACAUGUCUGCGUGAGGACAACAGCGACGUGAUCUUCAUGUUGCUCACCAAGUUCGAUAUUCAGCAAUGGUUAAACAGCACUAAACCCCCUCUGUCUGACCGCACCAGGCUCCUGGAGUCCAUUCACUUGGCACUCACUGCCUGGGGCCUUGAACCAGAGGAAGAUAUUCUGAUGCCAUUUAAUCUUUUCUGCAAGCACUGGACUCACCUCCUACUCUACCAGUUCCCUGACCAGUACAGUGACGUCCUCAGGCUGCUGGUGCAGAGCUCUGCAGAGCAGCUGCUGAGUCCCGAGUGCUGGAAAGCCACUUUGAGAGCCCUGGGCUGCUAUGCCCCGAGCAGCCAGCAGGGGGCGGCGUCUGUGGAGAGCUCUGGGCUUCACAGUGCCUCGGGUGUUCUCCUGUCAGACAAGCAGGUGACGGAGACGGUGCAGUGGCUUUCUGACUUCUUUUAUAAGUUGCGGCUAUCCAAGUUGGACUUUAAAAGCUUUGGAUUAUUCUCAAAGUGGAGUCCUUACAUGGCUGACGUGAAGACAUUUCUGGGAUACCUUGUGAAAAGGCUGACUGACUUAGAAAUAGCCUCCUUGGCCCAGGACCCAACUGCCAGCAGCAAAGAAGUGCUGAGGUCCCUGCACGCGCACAUCAUCCAGCUUUUUAAGCCCUGGAUCCUGGUUUUAGAGGACACCGAAAGUAGCCACCAGCGACAUUACCCAUGGCUGGAGAGUGACACCGCGGUGGCCUCCAGCAUCGUGCAGCUCUUCACUGACUGCGUGGGCUCACUGCACGCGAGUUUUAAAGACAGGCUGUUGCCAGGUGAUGAAGGAGCCCUGCGGUUGCACCUGCUGCACUACUGUGAGGCAUGCACAGCACCCAAGAUGCCGGAGUUCAUUCUCUAUGCCUUUCACAGUGCAUACCAGAGACUGGAGUGGAAGGACCUGCACCCUGACCAGAGGCUCAUGGAGGCCUUCUUCAAGGUGGAACGUGGAAGCCCCAAGAGUUGUUUCUUGUUUUUGGGGUCUGUACUUUGCAGAGUCAACUGGGUUAGUGUGCUGUCUGACGCCUGGAAUCCCAGCCCCCUUCCCGAAACCCAGAGCAUGGCUGUCUGCCUCCUUUUCAUGAUGGUUUUACUAGCAAAGGAGGCUCAGCUCGUUGAUGAGACAGAUUCACCUUUAUUGAGUCUCCUUGGACAGACAAGCUCACUCUCAUGGCAUCUUGUGGAUCUUGUGUCAUACCAGAGCGUGCUGGGUUAUUUCAGCAGUCAUUACCCACCGUCCGUCAUCCUGGCAAAUGACUGCUCCGCUGAACUGAUAGUGAAGCUGUUAAAAGUGUCUGCAGGACUAUCUGUUCCUGCUGACGGCAGGAAGCAUGUUGACAUAGUUCCAAAAUGUCAGGCUUUCACUCAUCAGAAGGUUCAGUUCCUCAGUGCCUUGGAGCAGACUGGAAAAAUCUCCUUCCCAACACUGGAGCAGGAAAUCUCUAAGCUGUUGGAUGACAUCAUUAUCUUUAACCCACCCGACAUGGACAGCCAGACCCGCCACAUGGCCCUCAGCAGCUUUUUUGUGGAAGUCCUGAUGAUGAUGAACAAUGCAGCUGUUCCAACAGCAGAGUUCCUUGCUGUCAGUAUUCGGACCUGGAUUGGCCAAAGAGUGCAUGGCUUGAUAGUGCUGCCCCUCUUAACAGCAGCCUGCCAAAGCCUGGCGUCCGUCCGCCACAUGGCGGAGACCACAGAAGCCUGCAUCAUGGCGUACUUCAAGGAAAGCUCCCUCGAUCAGAAUUUAGGAUGGGGCCCCAUUCUGGUGUCCCUUCAAGUUCCCGAGCUCACCAUGCAAGAGUUUCUGGAGGAGUGCUUAGCCCUCGGUAGUUGUCUGACUCUCUAUGUCUACCUGCUUCAGUGUCUGAACAGUGAGCAGACGGUGAAGAACGAGAUGAAAAUGCUUCUCAUCGUCAGCAAGUGGCUGGAGCAGGUGUACCCAAGCUCUGCACAGGAAGAGGCAAAGCUGUUUCUGUGGUGGCAUCAAAUCCUGCAGCUGUCUCUGAUUCAGUUGGAGCAGAACGACUCUGUCCUGACAGAGUCAGUCAUCCGGAUCCUGCUCCUGCUGCAGAGCAGGCAGAGCCUUAUGGCCGAGGAGAGGCUCAGCUCUGGGAUUCUGGGGGCAAUCGGGUUGGGCCGGAGAUCACCCUUGUCCAACAGGUUCCGAGUGGUUGCCCGAAGCAUGGCUGCCUUCCUGUCAGUUCAGGUCCCUGCAGAAGACCAGAUUCGUCUGAAGCCCAGCUCUGAGUUACAUCUGGCUCCGAAAGCUCAGCAGGUGCUGACGGCUCUUGAGUCCAUGGCGCUCAGUAAGCAGUAUGUGGAGUACCAGGAUCAGAUCCUGCACGCCGUGCAGUUUAUAAGGCAUCCUGGCCACUGCCUUCAGAACGGGCAGAGCUUCCUGGCCCUUCUUGUCAACCGCCUCUAUCCAGAAGUACACUAUCUGGACAACAUCCGGUAGUGAGCCUGAAGCCCUCGGAGCACCGUGUUGCCCUGAGUUGACAUGAUCUUUCCUCAGUUUACCACAGAGCUCAGUUCUGCCUGGAAUCGACUGAGGGGCAGUUGGGAAGCUUCAGAUAGUCCUGGGUGUGGACUUUACCUCUUCUGUCCAGUGGCCACUUUAGUGUGACUGUUCUUCCACCGGUGCAGCUAAGUUCCCGAGUACAGACCACUCACAUUUGGGGAGUGUGCCUGUCUGCUCCCUAAGAACAGCACAGAAAGUGUUUGGUAUGUCUGCACCUCUGUCUCCUUGCCUUGUUUAAAUGUCAAGGCUCCUAAUGUCAGAUCUGACCACUUUGGGAGGCGUGAAGAGCCCUCUUUUGGAACUCCAUUGUAUUCUUCCGAUGUAAAAAUUCUGUAUUUCUGAAAUGUGGGGAAACACAUCAGCUUUAAAGUGCUAUGUUACUGCUCUUUGAGUGGAGAGAAUACAAUGGAUUAAUUCAGGAGUGUUAGCUGGGCAGUGGUGGCGCACGCCUUUAAUCUCAGCACUUGGGAAGCAGAGGCAGCGUUCAAGGCC